AUGUGUGAUGUUGAUAGGGAUAGGAAAGCAAUAAGUGACGAAAUCAUCAAACCUGACACUAUAAUAAUUGAGUCAUCUUCGGAGGAUGACAAGGUGUCAGAGAAUGAUAAUAACAUCUCUACACAUUCUCCACCGAAGCCGCCGAAGCCGUUGCCGCAAGACGUUGAGGUACGGUAUUAUUCAACUGAUGAACAUAUCUUACAUGCAUUAUUGGUAUUAGCACUUAUGUCCCAACCUGAUGCCAAAGAGCUCACAAAAACUCCCGCUGGAUUUUUGUAUCCUUUGAAGGAACAUCAGAUGGCUGGACUAACGUGGAUGAUAUGGCGCGAGUCACUUUCCCCAAAGGGUGGUAUUCUUGGUACGUAG